UAGUUUCACUUUUUCAAUAGCUCCGCACUAAGCUUCCUGCCUUACCAAAAGUUAAGGGGGCAUUUAUUUCAACUUGUCAGAUUUCAUGGACUGAUUUCAUCACUAGCAACAUAAACUAUCAAACUAAUGGACAAUGAUCUUCAGAAAAUAUCAGACGUACUGUGAUCGUUUACAGCAAGACACAUUUUUUCUAACAAGCAACAACAGACUGAGUGAACAGCUGGUUGACAAAAUCAUCCUUCAGCUAAACAGAGUUUACCCCCAAAUUCUCACUAAUAAAGAAGCUGAAAAGUUCCGAAAUCCCAAAGCUUCCCUUCACAGCCGGUUGUCAAACCUUAUAGCCCACUUGCAGAAGAAAGGUGACAAACCGUGUCAAGAAUUCUACCGUGCUUUGCAGAUCAAUGCUGAACAACUGUAUAAUAACUUGCCAAGCAGGAAAAUUCUAAAAACCUCAGAUUCCACAGGGAUAAACCCUGAGAAGGAGCAAUAUGUUCUAAAUGACAGGGGCCCUACAUUUUUUCUCGCUUGCUUCAGCGUUGCUGCCGGGUUAGCAUUUUUCAUGUAUUGCUGUAACCCAGAUUCAAAAAUCUUGAAAGGAGCCAAAAAGGUAUUGGGGUUUUCCCCAAUCAUCAUAGGAAGACAUGUUAGAAACAUUUGCAUGUUGUACAUGGAAAACUCAUCAAGCAAACAAUAAGAAGAAACAGCUUAUGUGGUCUACUGCCAAGGGUCCACAGCAAAUGAAAGGCUACAUUUCCAAAUGAUAUGCUAUUUUCUUAUACCAAAGAUAUAAUUCAGACUGCACUCUUAUACGCACUGAUCAGGGAGUAAGUCCAUUAAAACAAAUAGGCCUUAAUGUCUGAGCAAAGAUGCAUAGGGUUGUGCUUUAAGUGGCUUUAGCAGUGUCCAUAUCCUGCUUUAAAGGGCUUUCCAAAGAUCCACUAUAUGUGCCUUUUACUUGUGAGAAUGGAUUAUUUUUAUACAAACAUAUUUUAAAUUAUUGCUUUGAUAACAUGCAAUUGUCUUUUUUAAUGGAAACAUUUGAAGAAGCCUUAAAAACUCAAUCAGGGUUAUUUGUUGUUGGCUUUGUGCUUGUGAGACACAUACAGACACAUAUAGAGUGGUUUCUACUUCAGAAUAGAUUGUGUGGUUGCUUAGGUUUGCUCUGAAUGUUGGGGCCCUCUUGUGAGGGGUCCUAAGGAAAGAAGAAAAGAGGUUUCCUGGAUGUUCAUCAAGGCAGUCAUGGGCUCCACACAGGAAGCUCCCUGUAGCUCCCUGCUUGAUGACAAACAGAAAUAUUCAAUUUGUUACAAAUGUAAACUCUGGCCCUAUUUAAGCAUUAUAAAAAUGUGGAAGAAACAAUGGGUAGAGAGGAAGCAUGCUAGGCUCACACCAUUCUUAUACAUUCCAUUGUCCUGAAUGUGAGAAUGGUGACUUCUCCUUUCUGUCGAGCCUUUCCAAGUUGAUCAAUAUAUUGUCAAAGGCUUUCAUGGCCAGAAUCACUGGGUUGUUAUAGGUUAUUUUGGGCUGUAUGGCCAUGUUCUAGAAGUAUUCUCUCCUGACAUUUCACUUGCAUCUGUGGCAGGCAAUCUCAGAGGUUGUGAGGAUGCCUGCCACAGAUGCAGGUGAAACGUCAGGAGAGAAUGCCUCUAGAACAUGUUCAUUCAGCCUGAAAAACCUAUAACAACCCACUUUCCAAGUUGGCUUGGAGCACUGAGAUCUUAGUGUCCCAGGUUGCCUUUCCAAUCAGUAAACCUAUUCAGAUUUGAGAAUAAUAGUAGCAGCAACAGACUAAUAUGUCCUUCUUCCCAAAAACAAAUUUUCAUGAGUCCACACUAUAGCAUUUAUGUUACCUCUGAUGGAAAUAUGUUCUGUAGACACCAUGUUUGAUCAUCCAUUUGGCUAUGAAGGGAAUUGCUCUGUAUUUAAAAAGUAGCAUGCUCUGGUUUAGGUAACAGGCUUUUUUCAAGCAACACUUGAAAGCUAAGAGCAUCACUUGAAAUGAAAUGAGCCCAAAGCCUUAUUAAGACAUGGGCUGCAUAGUUUUGCUUUUAGGCGUGAGUACUGUCUGUUCUUUCUGUUCUGUACACUCCAGGAAUUCAGAGUGACAUAAAUAACUCACGCAAAAAAAUCCAACAACCUGUCAUACAUAUGUUUGCUAGUUUAGCUGGAUAAGAUUUCAUACCAUGCCAGUUUCUAUGCAAGUUUUUAGGGACAUCAUCUUAAUCUGUGAGAGGGAAUUUAUGAAGAUGCAAAUCUCUUCCUUGCUUAAAGUUAAACCGUGGGAAAGAGAGCCGUUUCUCUUAAGAGCGUAGGUUUUUGUGCCCCAUGAUGCUAUUAAAAGAACACAUUCCUUCCAAACUCUCACCAUUAUUAGAACCAAAUGAACUUGUGCUUUUUGCUUGUAUAUUUUUUAUGUAUUGGGAUAAUUGUUAUCACAUCACUCAUAUAGAAUUGGAAAGCUGGCUAACAGUUGUGGCCCUGGGCAUGAUAUGAGGAUAAUAGUCCACCUUUUUCCUAAAUGAUAACUGCAAUAUUCCUUCUCAACUAAUGGGCUCCAUUCCAGAAGAGUAGCCAUUCCACUCUGUUGCCCCAAAACAAUUGUUGAUCUUGAAGCAAAUAAAGGGUGAACUAAUAUAUUAUGACAAAAGCUUUGGAAGGCUACAAUGUCCUUUACACAUUUCAUGGGCUGUAAUCCCUGUAAAAUUGUGGAAACAUUUGUUAGUCUUUAAGGAGACACAAAGGUUCUCGUUUUCUUUAUCAACACAAAAUGGCCAAUUGAAAACCUUAGUCUUUGGAGCAAUGGAAAGCAAGUUUGCUCCAUCUCCGACAUGAUUAUUUAAAGAUGUCUAUCACAUCACCUUUCAAUUUUCUCCAGAUUAAAUAUCUCCCUAUGUUGUUUCUGUUAGGGUUGAGUUCCAGAGCCCCCAAUGGCACAAUGGGUUAAACCCUUGUGUCAACCAACAGGUCAGCAGUUCGAAUCUGGGGAUAGUGGGUUGAACUCCCUCUGUCAGCUUCAGCUCCCUAUGCGGGGACAGGAGAGAAGCCUCCCAUCAGGAUGGUAAAACAUCAAACACAUCCUGGUGUCCCCUGAGCAUCAUCCUUGCAGACGGCCAAUUCUCUCACACCAGAAGUGACUUACAGUUUUUCAAGUCACUCUUGACACACACACACAAACAAACAUCAUGGGUGCCCUCCUCUGGACUUGCACUUGUUUAAUUUCAAUUUGUGUUUGUUUGUCAGAAAAAAAAAUAAUGCAAAUGCACUUCCUAGACUCGCCUGAAAGUAUGGCAAUUAACACUAUGUAAUUUUGUUUUAAAUUUGGCUGCACUGGCAGGGAUUUGUUUUAAUAUGUGACAUCUGUGUUGCUGUCUGUCUUGAACAGAAAGAUGGCUUAUAAGUCUUCUAUCAAGGACCUUACACAGCAAGUAUCUUCCUUCUAAGUGGAUGACUAAAAAGAGCCUUCUUAAAAAGGUUGCAGGUUUGAAUCUAGGGAGUGGCAUGCACUCCCGCUGUUAGCCCCAGCUUCUGCCAACCUAGCAGUUUGAAAACAUGCAAAUGUGAGUAGAUCAAUAGGUAUCACUCUGGCGGGAAAGUAACAGCACUCCAUGCAGUCAUGCUGGCCACAUGACCUUGGAGGUGUCUACAGACAACGGUGGUUCUGUGGCUUAGAAAUGGAGAUGAGCGCCAACCCCCAGAAUCUGACAUGACUGGACUUAAUGUCAGAAAAAACAAAAACAAAUCCACAUCUAGUAUUAACAUACUCAACCUGUAUUUCCCAUGACUACCACAAGAUGGAGAGCAAGCACCACAAUUUGCCUAGCUUUCCAUAGGCAUUUAUGGCACCAUUUAUUUGGAGAAUUUUUGCACUAUUGCUCACAGCCUAGUUUUGCAGUUUUGGCCAAUGACUGCUUGCUCUCAGUUGUCCAUUGGGAUAAUUAUUAUAUCUACAAUGAGUAGGGCUAAUGAUAUAUCCUCUUGUUGAGUUGACAUUUUGUUUUCUGCACUAUUUAGUACAAGAGAGUUCUCACACCUGAUCGUAAGUUUACCAAAA